CGCCGAAGCGGAGCGCCAAACUCAAACUUUAGUUGUACGGAGACACAUUUUAAGCUUAGGCUGCGGGGCGCACGGGUUGGACUUUCCGCACCGCAGCCGGGACAGCGCUUGAACAUGAGCCAGGUUCUGUUCCAGCAGCUAGUCCCGUUGCAGGUGAAGUGCAAAGACUGCGAGGAGAGGAGAGUAAGUGUUAGAGUGAGCAUUGAACUACAAUCAGUUUCUAAUCCAGUUCACAGAAAGGAUUUAAUUAUUCGUCUGACUGAUGACUCUGAUCCAUUUUUUCUGUAUAACCUCGUCAUAUCUGAGGAAGAUUUUCAGAGCUUAAAGUUCCAGCAGGGUCUUCUGGUAGACUUCUUAGCUUUCCCACAAAAGUUUAUUGAUCUCCUUCAGCAGUGCACUCAGGAAUACACCAAAGAAAUUCCAAGGUUUUUGCUACAGUUAGUUUCUCCAACAACUAUUUUGGAUAGCUCACCUGCCUUUUUAAAUGUGGUAGAGACAAACCCUUUUAAACACCUUACGCACCUAUCGUUAAAACUUUUACCUGGAAAUGAUGUGGAAAUAAAGAAAUUUCUAGCAGGCUGUUUGAAAUGUAGCAAGGAAGAAAAAUUAUCAUUGAUGCAGUCACUAGAUGAUGUUACUAGGCAACUGAAUUUUACCCAAAAGACAUUAUCAGAAAAAAUCCAAGAAUUAGAUAAAUUAAGGAAUGAAUGGGCAUCACACACAGCAGCAUUAUCAAAUAAACAUUCUCAGGAACUGACAAAUGAGAAGGAAAAAGCCUUGCAGGCACAGGUGCAAUACCAACAGCAGCAUGAACAACAGAAAAAAGAUUUAGAAGCCCUCCACCAACGAAACAUUCAGCAGCUACAAAAUAGACUGUCUGAGUUAGAAGCAACCAAUAAAGACCUAACUGAAAGGAAAUAUAAAGGAGACUCUACCAUCAGAGAGCUUAAAGCCAAAUUAUCUGGCAUUGAAGAGGAGGUCCAGAGGGCCAAGCAAGAAGUAUUGUCUUUGCGAAGAGAGAAUUCUACACUAGAUGUUGAAUGUCAUGAGAAAGAAAAGCUUAUUAAUCAGCUACAAACAAAAGUGGCUGUCUUAGAACAGGAAAUCAAGGAUAAGGACCAACUUGUUCUAAGAACAAAAGAAGCAUUUGAUACCAUCCAGGAACAAAAGAUUGCGUUAGAAGAAAAUGGUGAGAAAAAUCAGGUACAGCUAGGAAAACUUGAAGCCACUAUAAAAUCGUUAUCAGCAGAACUUCUUAAGGCAAAUGAAAUUAUCAAGAAGCUACAAGGGGAUCUGAAAACUUUAAUGGGUAAAUUGAAAUUGAAGAAUACAGUUACUAUUCAGCAAGAGAAGCUCUUGGCUGAGAAAGAAGAAAAAUUACAAAAGGAACAAAAAGAAUUACAAGAUGUUGGACAGUCUCUGCGAAUGAAAGAGCAAGAGGUGUGCAAAUUACAAGAACAAUUAGAAGCUACAGUUCAAAAACUUGAAGAAAGAAAACAGCUUCUAAAAAAUAAUGAAAAGUUAAUUACAUGGUUAAAUAAAGAACUAAAUGAAAAUCAAGUAGUGAGAAAGCAAGAUUUAUUGGGAUCUUCUGCCACUCCACCUGUACAUUCUAGUAGCAAUACAAUCAGAAGUGGAAUUUCUCCUAACCCUAAUGUGGUUGAUGGUAGACUGACAUACCCAGCCUGUGGGAUUGGUUAUCCUGUUUCUUCUGCGUAUGCAUUCCAAAAUACCUUCCCUCAUUUUAUACCUGCCAAAAAUACCAUCCAUCCAGUUUCAGGACCAAAGGUUCAGUUUAACUUGCAAUUUACAAAAGCAAAUACAUCCUCAGAUGUUCAGUCAGGAACAGCAAUCAGUAUGCCUUCCUCAACUGAUAAAGAAAAUGGUGAAAAUUUAGGACUGGAAUCCAAAUACCUGAAAAAAAGGGAAGAUAGCAUUCCUUUACGCGGACUCAGUCAAAAUCUAUUUAAUAAUCCAGAUCAUCACAAAGAUGGCCCUUUGGGGACAUCACAGACAUCAAAACCAGCAGGACUGUCUUCUGCAUCGUCAGCCUAUUUCCCUGGGCAGCUUCCCAACAGUUAAUCCUAAUGUCAUCUUUACUUUUUAUUGAAAUUUAGAAACCUGGGUGAUUAGAAAAUAGAUCAAAUUCUAAAUAGGCAAGUUUCAAAGUUUAUCUGAACUACUGUUAGAUCCCUCCUUCUUGCUGUUGUUUAUGGACAGUCAACCUGUGACAUGAAUCCAUUCUUGUAGAUGGGUGAAAAUUCUGAGUAAAUGAUACUUUUAAUCUAUGAACUUGGUGCUUGACAGAAUUAAUAGUAUGAAAUUUUUUUUAAUUCUUAGAUAUUUCUAAAAGUCGUAAGGAAUGAGUUGAUUCUUAUAUGGGACAUUCAAAUUAUACUGAGUAUCUGGGUAAAAUAGUCUGCUCAGACAUAACAUGAAACCAAAGAAUUGGAAGUCUUAAAUUUGCCACCUGAGCAUUAUAAGGGAAAGUGAUUUGUUUUCCUGAGAACUUUCUUAUUGAUGUUUUACAGUAAAGGGAAAAAAAAAUCUUAAAAUUACCUUAAAUGGAUUGUUCAUAGCAAGUAAACAUUUUCUGUAAAAACCUUAAUUAUAAAGCCUAUUAAGUAAUUUUGAUCAAUUUAUAUAAAAAUUACUUGGACAGUAAUUGGACAUAACCAGUUUGGUGUGAAGUGCUUUACUGAUUUAAGUUAUUAAGCUACAAUUUACAGAUUUUUAAUGCUUCUAGAAAUCUCAUCUACCUUUUCUCACUCAUUGCAGUUUCAUUAAUUUUGUUAUGCAGUGAAACUUUUGAAAAUUAGUACUGUACAAAAUCUUUAAUACAACAUCAUGAAUAUUCUGUUU